UAAUUCCCGCGAGUCUCGGACUAAUUUUUAUCGGUGGUUUGAUAGUCUUUACCAUGUAUCAUGUAAAACCAUAUUUGUUCCAUAAAAUAGAAAAAGUGGAGUAGCAAUUUAGCAGCAAGUUAUCAAAACGUACAGUGGCAUAGUUAUCAUUGUAACGUGUCAUCAUAUACGUUGCGUUGUGUAAUACCCGUACAUACAACUAUAUGAGUGCCGUAACGGUGGGAUAUUUGUUAUAUAACUACAUGAUGCUGCAUCAUUCCACACGCUGAAUUAUCUAGUAGAGUAAACUCGUUUCUAUAUCACGUUGAGCACUGCUACGGAACUGACAAAUUAAAAAUGUCGAAACAGUGGUUUGUCGUUGGUAUAUCUGGAGCAACUUGUAGUGGAAAAAGUACAUUGGCUGACAAGAUCCACGACAAUUUUCCAACAUCUAUUAUGUUGCGCCAAGACGAUUACUUUUUGCAACUGGACGAUCCACGUCACGUUAAGAUACAGGAAUUAAGUCACAUCAAUUGGGAAUUGAUAACGAGCCUGGAUAUGGAGAAGAUGUAUUCGGACGUGACAAAGAUACUUGAAUCUCCCGGGAAAAAUGGGACGGAUUCGAAGAUGCUACUGAUAUUGGAUGGUUUUUUGCUUUUUAAACAUAAAGCCAUCACAGAUUUGUGUGACUUUAAAUACUUGUUAUUGUUGACGAAGGAGCAGUGUUGGGAACGAAGAAAAGAUCGUAUAUACGAGCCGCCUGAUGUACCAGGAUAUUUUGACAAAAUAGUAUGGCCCGAAUUUAUCAAGUACAAAAAUGAAAUUGUACGAAACGAGAUACACGAGACCGUAACAUUCAUCGAUGGAUCCAAGGAUGUGAAAGAAAUUUUUGAAAUGGUUUCCAAAGAAAUUAGUAAAUUACUAUCUUAAGAAUGUAACUCCUCUUAUUUAAUCAUGGACGUAGUAUAAAUGGACCCACCAUGCACUCUGUCUCACUCGGUUAUUCUGGCUUGACCAGUUCAUAGAGCGUAUGAUGGUUCCAUUUAUACUACGUCCAUGGGUUUAAUCCUCGGUUUAAAAUGAAUGUAACUCUGUUUAUGAUUAAGUUCAAAUUGUAUACAAGUAUCAUCAGUCUGAAACAAAACAAAAAAAAGAAGAGUAGUGUUCUUUUAUGCAUUCCGAAAGAAGUAAAAAUUGAAGUGGACCUUGUGAAGUUAUUUAAUAUCGCAAUUUGAAAGUUUUCAAUAAUUAUAAGCUCCUUUCUGAUACUUUUCCAUAAAGAUUUUUUUUCUUAAAUAAGUGUUUACUUUUAACGUUUCAUAUAAUGUUUACCAAUCAACUUAUAUAUGUUUAUGCGUACACAUGCAUGAAAAUCUGAAUCUUUUGUGCCUUAAGUAAUAUUAGAGGUGCAAUAAUUUGCAACAAAAUUAUUGCUGUAUAUUAAUUUCCAUAGUUGUAGCAUGUAAGCCUUCUGGACAUUUUUACCAAGUUAUGGACAUACAAGUUGACUAGCAAUUUGGGACUAUCUUGUACAAAAUGAAUCAUUUAUUAUUUUUUUAUAACAACAAUGGGCAUGACGUUAGAAGCUUACUUCAAAGAAGCUAACUAUUUCGUACGAAUCAUCACGGAUUUAUAUGUAUAAACUUAGUUUCAAGUUAUAUGUUACAGAGACUUUAAUAAAUACAUGAUUUUGUACGAUUGCUAUUUUGCGAAGAUAAAUUGUGAAUAAUAAUAUUACAGUAUAUCUCAUCAGUCUGUACUAUUAUAUAAAUAAUAAAAUAAAAUCUCUGUAACGUAUAUGUACAUGUACCUCGUUAUAACUUAAUUCAACCUAUAUUAUAUAUGUAUAAAAAAAUUCUUAUUCAUAAAUUGUUUACAAAAUAGGCGAUGCCCAAGUCGCAAAAAUAUUUCCCUAAUUACUAUCGUUAUUCCAAAAACAAGCUUUCAGAUAUUGAAGUCUUGACUCUCAACAAGAUUUUUGUGAUUUCUCAUUAAUUUUUAAUAAAGAUAACACACAACGACA